AAUAUUAUUUAUUCUUUUUCUAGUGAAUAAAUUAUUAUUUUCUGAAUGUCUUCAAGUUUGUUCCAUGAAGUAUCAACAUGAAGAAUGUCACUGAAGUUACUGCAUUCGUACUGAAGGGCUUCACAGACAAACUUGAACUACAGAUCAUCUUAUUCUUCCUGUUUCUAACAAUCUACCUCUUUACUCUGAUGGGAAAUUUAGGACUGGUUGUAUUGGUCAUUGGGGAUUCCCGGCUCCACAAUCCCAUGUACUAUUUUUUGAGUGUGUUGUCAUCUGUGGAUGCCUGCUAUUCCUCAGUAAUUACCCCAAAUAUGUUAGUAGAUUUCAUGUCAAAGAAGAAAGUCAUUUCAUUCCUUGGAUGUGCAACACAAAUGUUUCUUGCUGUUACCUUUGGGACCACAGAAUGCUUUCUCUUGGCUGCAAUGGCAUAUGACCGCUAUGUAGCAAUCUACAACCCUCUCCUGUACUCAGUGAGCAUGUCACCCACAGUCUAUGUGCCACUCAUCGUUGCUUCCUUUGUGGGUGGCAUUUUGCAUGCUUCUGUACACACAGUGGCCACAUUCAGCCUGUCCUUCUGUGCAUCCAAUGAAAUUAGACAUGUCUUUUGCGACAUCCCUCCUCUCCUCGCCAUUUCUUGUUCUGACACUCACACAAACCAGCUUCUACUUUUCUACUUUGCGGGAUCUAUUGAGAUAUCUACUAUACUGAUAGUCCUGAUCUCCUAUGGUUUCAUUGUGUUGGUAAUUCUGAGGAUGCAUUCUGCUGAAGGAAGAAGAAAAGUCUUUUCGACAUGUGGUUCUCACCUAACUGGUGUGUCAAUUUUUCAUGGUACUGUUCUCUUCAUGUAUGUGAGACCUAAUUCCAGCUAUGCCUUUCAUCAUGACAUGAUCGUGUCAAUAUUUUACAGCAUUGUGAUUCCCAUGCUGAAUCCCAUCAUCUAUAGUUUGAGGAACAAAGAUGUAAAAGAAGCUAUGCAGAAAGUGUUCAAGAAAAAUUGA